AUGGAGAGGGUGUAUACUUAUCGUAUCAAGCUUCACUCUCCGGCGCCGAUAUCUCAAUCAAGUAUGGCAGACACUAAUGUAAAAAGCACAAGAAGGAGAGCUUCAACUCCUCGAAGCAAGAAGGGUUGUAUUACCUGCAAAAUCCGAAGACUAAAAUGUGGCGAAGAAAAACCAGGAUGUCUUCGAUGUGCCAAAUCCGGCUGGACUUGUGACGGUUACGAGCAUCUGACUGAGUCCUCCACUUCUCAAGCUUCUCAAAGCAUGAGCAGUGCUUCCCUCCAUCCAAUCCUUCCUCGAGCAUCCUCAUCGCGUUCAGCACGAUCUUCAAUCUCCGUAGUGUCGCGGGAGUCUCGUUCGCGUUCGCCUAGCGUGAUUAGUUUAGCACGAACGCCCCUCAUGAAUCUACAGGUUCCUUCUCAACUGGAACCUAACGAAAGAUAUUAUUUUCAGAUUUUCCUUGACGAAACUCCGGUAUCGUUAGUCGGUGCCGAGCCAAUGUUCUGGAAGAACAUUGCCGUGCAGGAAAGUCACGUCACUUCCAGUGUUCGGCAUGCUCUAGUCGCAUUAGGGGCUUUGAUGAAGAAUUCAACAAGAACUGCGAGCGGUAAUUACUCAGUAAACCCAACUGAAGAACUCCAUCGAGAAUUUGCGCUUCAACAACAUGAAAAGUCAAUUCGCGGCCUUCGAGAAGCUAUCAGUAGCUCGGGUACGGGCGUAGCUACCCGAAGCAUCGUUCUUUCGUGUUUGAUUCUUGCACGGUUGGAACCUUUUAUUGGAAAUGGGGGAUUUUCGACGCAACACAUUCGGUAUGCUCGCCAAAUCAUGUUUGGACCUUCCUAUCAUGAACCGACGGUCCCAAACAUGUUUCCAAACUGGAACGAUUCCAACGACGUAACGCUACACAUGUUUUUCCAAUCUGACUUGCAAGCUCUGACUGCUUUGGGCGCUGGCGAGGAUCGAUCAGCAGUCAGACGUGCCCUCGAGGCUCAGAAUAUGAAUAUGUCUAUCUCUGUGCCAAGUGUCUUCAGGGACCUGGAAGAGGCCCGGGAGUACAGCAACAUUGUUUGUCAGGAAGCACGCAUGUUCUGGUAUCGGUCGUCUCUUCAAGAUGAGGCCACAUGGCCAUCUACCGAUGCACAAUCCACGAUAGACAUGCAAUCAUAUCACCUCCGUCAAUUGCAGCUUCUUUUUGCCGCCUUCGAAACCGUUACAGUAGAUUCUCCCGAGGAUCUCAAUAAUCACCCGCUGCGCAGACCGUCCUCGGUCAGAUUACAAGCGGUUCAUCAUUCGGUCGAGAUCAGUCUUGCGCUUAAUACACCAGAGUCCAGCGCCGACCGGUUUUUACCUUAUUUUCAAUACAUCGUUUCCUUGGGCCAGCAGGUUGUGGACUACGAAAGGAUUUACGAAUCAAGCGCUGGUCAUCAAACAUAUGCAUUUGAAUGUCGAAUCAUCGCACCUCUGUUUCUAGUGGCAAGAAAGUGUCGCGACGCAGCGCUCAGGCGUCAAGCAAUCAGACUUUUACUUUCUUCCCGCCGUCAAGAGUUAUUUUGGGAUUCCAUGACAGCUGGAAAUGUAGGAUUUUGGAUUUUGACACUUGAAGAGGAAGGCAAGAAUGAGCUUGGCUACAUUUCAGAUUCGAACCGAGCUUGGGGCCACUCGAUGGAGCUUGACUUGCAAAGGAAAGUUACGUUGGUCAGAUGCCGACUGGGACCCAAGAUACCGGGACAGUGGAUUGAGAGAAGUACCGAAAUUCCUUACAAUGAAGUCUUGAGUUAG